AACACUUUACUAACUCUUAGGUAGAACUAAUUUCACAACAAUAACCCCAUGAAAACUCUUGUAUUAGUUUCAUGGCUUUGCCUCAUUAUAUUCUUGAAAACUUUGCCAUACGCAUCUUGCACCUCAAUCCCAAAAUCCACAGUUCAUGAACUCAUCUUAAAGAAUGAAAACAAAGGAAAAUUUGCAAAUGAUACAUUGCUUGAAUCAACAAGUACAAAGAGCAACAAGGAUGAACAUAAAGAUGUGCAUAAAAUUGUUCAUCACAAAAAAGGAGCUUAUGGUGGAGCAGACCUUCUUAGAAAAGGGCACAAAAAGAAUGGAGCCAAUAAUAACAAUUUUGAAAGGCCAAUUUUAGUGUCUUCUUUGUUAUUUUCUCUUCAUGUUGCCUUCACUAUAUAAGAUGUGGGAUAAUAGAUUGUGAUCGUUGUUAAAAAAAAAAAAAAGGAGGGGGGGGGGGGGGGGGGUUCUCUCUUGUGCACCUUUUAGAUUUUAUAUAUAUAUAUUCUCAUUUUCCUAUUCAGCAUAUGGAAUUUUUCUUCCCCUACCUAAAAUGUUAAAUCCAUUUGUAGUUAACAACGUGUUUCGAUUGUUAUUUUUCAUCGUCUAAUAAUGUAUCAUACUGUAUUAUGCUAGUGCAACAAUGUUUGAAAGAUUGUUCUACUUGUUGUCACUUAAUAACAUUUUUCUUGUUUGAUUUACUGUAA